CUGAAGGUUUGCUGUGGGGGGGUGGUGGUGGUGCGGGGCGAUAUAGAACUGUUUGCAUCAUCAGUAUCUGUGGCUGAAUUGGAGAAUAAGGAAAGAGAAACUAAAAAUACACAGGAGGAACCAACUUCAGCAGCCUGCAGGCAGGAAUAAAUUUCAGACUACCUUUCCUCACGUCCUGCAAGUUGGAAGGUGACCCAUUUGGCUUUACAACUAAGGCACAAAGUUCUCCCUGCUUAAAGCCUUCCGGUAACCGCAGUAAGCGUAGGAUUUAAUCGCUGCAUUUCAUUUUCCCCGUCUGAGCGUCGGAAGCAAGUCGGAGGAGUCGAAAAGGUCUCAGAGCAAAUUCCUCAUUGCUUUUGGCAGCAUCCGAAACGGUUCGGUUCAAUCAGUUUUGUGUUUUAUAGACCAUGGCAAAGCAAGACUGUCCAUAUACACUAAUCAGUGUAAUAGGAGGCAGGGAUGGAGUCUAUGAAGAUCAUGUCGAGUUCCUAGAGAAACACCUUAAGCUUAUCACCAUGCAGGAAUUUCUUGAAAAUCAGAAAGAUCUCAGUCAAAAAAUCCAAGCGAUAUAUCUGUGGUUUAAAAAACCAGAAGCUACCAGAGAGCUCCUGCAAAGUUUGCCCAACUUAAAGGUGAUUGCAAACUCUGGUGUUGGAGUGGAUCACCUGGACUUGAAACUGAUCUCCAGCUUCAAAGUUAAAGUGGCAAACACCCCAUUUGCAGUUGCCAGUCCUACAGCUGAUCUCGGGAUGGCUUUACUGAUGGCGUCUGCUAGGAGGAUUGUGGAAGGUUAUUAUAUUGCAGUUUCUCCUGAGACCAAAUAUUUUAAUGCUGACUGGUUGGGUGAUGAAAUCAAUGGUGCAACUCUGGGCAUCAUUGGAAUGGGACAUAUUGGGUACAAAAUAGCCCAGAGGGCCAGAGCUUUUGAAAUGAAAAUUCUUUACCAUAAUAGGAACCAGAGACCGGUGGACGAAGAACAGGCUGUUGGUGCUGUUUAUUGUCAAAAGAAGGAAGACUUGCUCCAGCAGUCUGACUUUGUGAUGCUGACUGUGGCUCUAACACCCCAAACGCGCAACUUGAUUGGGAAGAAGGAGCUAGAGCUCAUGAAACCCACUGCUACACUCAUCAACAUCUGCAGAGGUCAGGUGGUUGAUCAAGAUGCCUUGGUGGAGGCACUCAAAAAUGGAGUUAUUAAGGCUGCAGCUUUGGAUGUGACCUAUCCCGAGCCAUUGCCAAGAGACCAUCCUUUGUUAAAGUUGAAGAACGUCAUAAUAACACCUCACAUUGGAAGUGCAACUGUAAAAUCCCGCCAGCUGAUGAUGAUGAGCAUGGUAGAAAGCAUUCUGAAUGGUGUAAAUGGUCUUCCAAUCACUAAUGAAGUACAUGGGUAAAAACAGUUGCAUCUCUUGCUGGUAAAACAGCAGUUCUGUGGGAAGGAUGUCAUCUGAAUUUUGGGCAUGGAAGCAUGACUUCCCUUCCCACAGCAGUCCCAAGAGCUGGAGGGCUGCCACGGGAGGGCAGAAUUGCCCCCUUUUCCACACGUUAAUAUUUCUGAUGGGUGCCAACCUCAUGUAGUCAUUCUAUGCCUUGUCUCCCCAAUUUUAAUUGAAAAAAGCUACCUUUGAUCUUUAGUUCUCUGGUGUAUUAAAUAAGAAAAUAAACCAUACUUCCUUUAUUUUUGCAUCCUUCAAAA